AUGAAUCAAAAGCUUUCUUCCUUGUUGCUGCCUCUCAGCUUGCACAAUUUUAUCGGAAGACCAUUGCAUCUGGUUCCAACUCCUUGUUUGCUGAUUGAUGAAAAGGCUUAUGAGCGAAAUUUGAUGUUAAUGAAAAAUCGUGCCAAAGAGUUGAAUGAGAUGGUCAUGACCCGAGCACAUUUUAAAGCACACAAGUGCCCGGCAAUUGCAAAAGAUCAAAUCGAAAGAGGAGGUGCAAUUGGAGUUUGUUGCCAAAAAUUAAGUGAAGCUGUUGAAGCUCUAAAAGCAGUGGAUGAUGUUUUAAUUUCGAAUGAAGUAGUUAAUGUUGAUAAAUUGAGAGUUAUUAGAAAUAUGAACGAAAUAUCAGGGAAAACUAUAUCGCUAUGCGUUGACAAUGAACAAAUUGUGACUUUAAUAGAUAAAAUCAUGGCUGAAAGCAAUGAGCCAAAUCAAAAGCUUCAGCUUGUAGUGGAGUACAAUGUUGGUCAAAACAGAUGUGGAACCAAUUCCGAAGAAGAAACUUUGAAAUUAAUCAAACUUAUCGAAAAAUGUAAACACGUUGAAUUUAAAGGACUGCAAUGCUACAAGGGUGCCAAUCAACACAUUGUCAAAUACGAAGAUAGAAAAGAAGCAGUAGCCAGAGUUGUUGAAAAAGUUAAAAGAUUAUUAGAUUAUCUUUCUCAAAAUGGAGUUUUUGUAAAAUAUGUGACAGGAGGUGGAACUGGCACAUUUGAGUUUGAAGCAUCUAGUGAUGUAUUCACAGAAAUCCAACCUGGUAGUUAUUUAUUUGGUGAUGCAGAUUAUGGAAAAAUUUUGACAAGCUCCAAUGGAAAAACCAUGUUGGAAGAUGAAUCAGCCUUUUCUCAAAGUCUUUACAUUCUUACCACAAUAGUGAGCAAAGUGCCAAAUACUCGAAUUGUGGUGGACGCAGGUCUCAAAGCUUCUUCGUUGGACAGUGGAGUUCCAAUCAUUGCAGAUGCUGAACAUCGAAAAAUACUGUCGAACUACAAACCUGGUGGUGAUGAACAUGGUAUUUUCGAAGCUCACUCAGAAAAAGCUCAAGAGUUAAUUAAUUCACUUAAUGUUGGAGAUGUAUUGAAAUUAAUUCCUGGCCACGUAGAUCCCACCUUUAACAUGUAUGACAUGGUUGCAUUUUUCAAUCCUGAUAAUCAUUUAAUCACUCGAGUAGAAUCUAUUACCGCACGAGGCCCAGGAAUUUAA